AUGCAAUUCUCGCUGGAAGAGGCCCUGAGCGGCGAAUUGUCUAGCAAAAGCUGGAGCCAGAUACAAAGUCGUUACACGGACUUCGACGGCGCUGCGGAGAACGAGCCCAAAUGGUCUGUCCAGAACUCCAUGCAGUGCUAUGUCCAAGCGCAGGCGGUUCCUGACAAGACGAUAGCAGAUUGUGUGGAAGCCAUUAUCGGUACAUAUCUGAUAAACGGCGGAGUCCCGGCCGGUGUUAAAAUCCUCGAGUGGUUCAAAAUUAUACCGGCUGCGGACCGGCUAGAAACGCUCCUCAGAAGGAGAGUUUCGACGGUUGUGACCCAUAAAAAAGCAACUGUUGACGAAAUCGACUACCUGCUGAAUUACGUCCGUUCCGAUAUACAAGAAAUACUGAACUACAAAUUCAAUGAUCCCGCGCUAUUGUUAGAGGCCCUCUCGCAUCCGUCGUACAUACGGAACCGGCACACGCCGUCGUACGAGCGGCUGGAGUUCCUCGGCGACGCCGUACUGGACUUCCUGAUCACGUCGCACAUAUUUGAGAACUGCCGCGACUUCAAGCCGGGCGAGAUAACGGACCUCAGGUCCGCCCUGGUCAACAACGUCACCUUCGCCGCUUACGUGGUCAAGCUGGGGCUCCACAAGUACAUUUGCACGCAACUGAACCCGCAGUUGGCCGACGCGAUAUUGGCCUUCGUGGAGCACCAAGAGCAGAGGGACCAUGAGAUCGUCGAGGACGUCCUGUACCUCAUCGAGGAGGAGGAAUGCCAGAUCGCUCAGUACGUCGAAGUGCCCAAGACGCUGAGCGAUAUAUUUGAAUCGUUGACGGGCGCGAUUUACCUGGACAGCGGCGGCUGUCUAGAGACCGUUUGGAAGGUGAUAUACAGGAUCAUGCACAAGGAGAUAAACAACUUCUCGAAACGGAUACCGCUCCAGCCGGUUCGUGUGCUCAGCGAGAUGAUCUACGCUUGUCCGCAUUUCGGGAACCCGAUAGUGACGAAAACGGAGAUACCCAAGGUGAUGGUGCCCGUAACGUUCACCAAGGAGGGCCGCCAGCACACGGUCUACGGCGUGGGCACCAACAAGUACCAGGCGAAGCGCGCCGCCUCCAAGCUGGCCCUGAAGAUCCUGGCCUGC